GUGGACGUUCAGUGCGGCCGCUGUGUCUCCGUGGCGCAGGACAGGACGGUCGCCACGCCUUCAGGGACGCACUUUUCCACGGCGUCAGCCCUCCCGCUGUGUCCGCCGCUCACCGCUGGAAACCCGUCCGGGACAUUUGAUCACCUACGAUCAGCAGACACCUUCUCCACUGACAUCAAUCAGGCUGCGCCUCUGGAGUCCGGCUCCACUUCCCCCCGCUGAUGCCAGUUGAACAGGCUGCUUUGUAAACGCUCAUUAAUUUGGGAAUAUCCGCAGCGGCAGUGGUAUUGAUUUGACAUCGGAUACAAGUCGGAUCAAAGAUGGGGAUCAAAGUGUAGUGCUGACAGGAAUGCCCCAGACUGUGUGCUCAGGCACCAUGUUCACCACUCCCAGUGGCUUCAGCCCCCAUCUGGCCUGCGCUGAGCCUGGGGAGGAGGAGGAGGCCCCACAGGAGGGCCCGGGGCCCGGUGCUUGCCUGGCCGAUGGGCCCCCAAUCACCUCCGCCUCCCUGGACACCCUGAUCCAGAACCUGAUACCCACUGCUGACUACUACCCCGAGAAAGCCUAUGUGUUUACCUUCUUGCUGAGCGCUCGUCUGUUCAUCCCUCCUCCGGAGCUGCUGGCCAGGGUGUGUGAGCUGUGCAUCAAGCAGCAGCAGCUGGACCAGAGCCCACUCGACACGGCAAAAGUCCGCAAGUUUGGUCCCAAGAUCCUGCAGCUGCUGACAGAGUGGACAGAGAAGUUCCCCACUGACUUCAGGGACGAGAAGAUGGUCGGACACCUUAAAGACAUCAUCCACAGGAUAGCUCCGUGUGAUGAGGCGUACUGGAAAACCCUGAACCAGGUGCUGCAGAAGCUUAGCCAGAGGCUGGCCCUGAUGAGCCAGGGGGAAGAGAGCAUCGUCAAGGUCUCCCUCAACGCCUCCUCCAUCUCUGACAAGCUGGUGGCCUUCAAAACCAAGCCUCCGCCCAUCCAGAAGGACAUGCUCUCCAUCUGCAAUGACCCGUACACACUGGCACAGCAGCUCACCCACGUGGAGCUGGAACAUUUGAGUCAUAUUGGACCGGAGGAGUUUGUCCAAGCCUUUGUUCAGAAAGACCCGCUCGAUGGAACCCAGCAGCCAUGCUUCAGUGACCAGAAGAAGAAAACCUCCAACCUGGAGGCGUAUGUCAGGUGGUUCAACAGACUGUGUUACCUGGUGGCUACUGAGAUCUGCAUGCCGGCGAAGAAGAAGCAGAGGGCCCAGGUGAUAGAGUUCUUCAUCGAUGUUGCCAGGGAGUGUUUCAACAUUGGCAACUUCAACUCCCUCAUGGCCAUCAUCUCCGGCAUGAACAUGAGUCCUGUGUCGCGGCUGAAGAAGACUUGGGGCAAAGCCAAGACCGCCAAAUUCUUCAUCCUCGAGCAUCAGAUGGAUCCUACGGGGAAUUUUUACAACUACAGGACGGCCCUGAGGGGCGCCGCCCAUCGCUCUCAGACUGCCAACAGCAACAGAGAAAGGAUUGUGAUUCCCUUCUUCAGUCUGCUAAUCAAAGACAUUUACUUCCUGAAUGAAGGAUGUGCCAACCGGCUGCCCAACGGCCACGUCAACUUUGAGAAAUUUGUGGAGUUGGCACGGCAGGUUGGGGAGUUCAUGACGUGGAAGCAGGUGGAGUGUCCAUUUGAGGAGGAUCGGGCAAUCCUACACUACCUCCACAAUGCCCCCAUCUUCAGCGAGGAUGGACUCUACCUCGCGUCCUACGAGAGCGAGAGUCCAGAGAACCAGGUAGAGAAGGACAGAUGGAAAGCACUCAGGUCUAACGUUCUGGGGAAGACAUGAGGCACUGACGGCAGCUAACCCUCCCGCCAGCGAGGGGGCGUGUGUUCUCAUUGCACUAAAAUGAACUGUGAAGGAGCCUAGCUGGUACUUAGGUGUUUUUCUAUGAAGAAACGAUGAAAACAAAACAAAAAAAAAGAAGAAGAAACACGAUGAACAGGAUUCAUCAAGAAGAGUGUAAAAAAAUAGAAGAAGAAGAAACAUCACAAAAAAAGUGAAUAGAAAAAGUGAAGCUACAGAAACUGGAGCAAAAUGACUUUGCAGCAUAUUAACUAACAGUAAUGAGGUUACAGCGUGUUGAAGAGGGAUGCAGCCUCUCCCUCCCCCUCCCCUCGAUGUGUGUUUACUCUGUGCAGAUAUGUUUACUACUAUAGAGAGUACAGUUACAGGGAAAACCACUUUAUAAAAUGAAAUUCCUACUGAUGCUAUCGUUGUUUUUGUAUUUGCUCCUCUCCCCUUUUCUCUCUCUCUCUCCCCAAAGCCUUGUCUAGGUAUUUAACUUUUUUUCCCUUUACUUGUAACGUACUGUAAUGAAACGAUGUGAAGGGCGCUGGCUAGCCCGUAUCAGCUGUCGAAUUUUAUAGGUCUACUGAAGGAACCGGGACUGGGGAGACGGACGAGGACGCGCCUCGAGCGUCCCACCAGUUCAUCUUAAGUGUGCUCUCAUGUGUGUUUGUGAAUCAGGUGUUCAUGCGUUCGCGUCUGUCCGGACCGUCGCCGUCCUCUUUCUGCAUGAGAGCGACUGCGGAGCAUUCAUCCUGCGGAGCGUUCAUUCCGCGGAGCGUUCAUCUCUUCUUGUUGUUUUUAUUUAUUGUAUUUUAUUUUGGGAAAGUGCGGGAUUGGGGAAUAUGAACUGUUUCAAAAGUGUUUACUCCUUUUCAAUGUAUCGUGCCAUUAAUGCAAGACUACAGUAUAGCUUAACAGUCACAAGGCCAGGUGUACAUUGUGUACAGGUGACAUUUAGCCCUCAUCUUUCUGCUCUUCAGGAAGUUUUCUCUGACUGACAUUCAGUUGUCUGAUAUAUUUAUGGAGAUUUCUGUGCUGACAGAUGUAUAGUUUUUAUUGUAACUUUCCUUUACUGAAUAUGAAGUCCAAUGGCAUGCUACGACAGGUGUUUUUAAAGGGGCAUUAAGCGUAUCCACCUUGUAAAGAUUACUACUGCAACACCAACUUUGUAGUCACGAUGCAUUGUUGCAUAUUGUGGGAGGACACUGAGGAACUGGAGACUUUUGUCUUUCUACACAGUAACGAGGGAAACUUGUGCCAUAUGAAUCACUGCUUGUCAUGACAAUUCAGGUUCCCCCGACUUGAAAAGUGUUGUUUAUCGUUCUGUGGGAUUGUCACUUUUCUCUGCAGUUUGGUUGUGAUUCGGGAGCCAUUUUUGAGGGUGGGUGAUGGGGACGGGAGCGGGAACUAUGUAAUUAUAAGCUUUUUAAAACAAACCCGUCUUAUUCAGUUUGCUAUAAUUGAUUGAUGUCAGUGUUUUCUCUGAAGAAGCACCUUCCCCUCCCAAUAACAGACUGACUUUAAUUCUCCCUCCUCAUUUGUCAUCGAUAGACUUGCUUUCCCUGUAACACAUUCCCCAGAUAGGUUAAGACUGUAGAGAGCCAGAGAUGUGAAGUCAAACCUGCCAUUCAAGGCGAGGACAUUUUAAUAAAACAUUGCCUGUG